AUGUUUAACCGAUCGUUCGCAGCGAAUUCUUCAAUGUUCUUCUCAAACUCACAGAUCAGUAACAUAAACCGCAAGAAUGUUGAGCUCAAGUGUGGCACCGUGUGUGGUGUUGUGGAAAAGCUUGCAGAUGGAAACGAUUUUUACGCAUUUCGUGGCAUACCGUACGCCACGGCACCGAUGAAUGAAAAUCGUUUCCAACCUCCACGACCAUUAGCGAAGUUCGCAUCUCCCACGCUGGACUGCAGCGUGGAAAGAGAUACGUGUGUUGCGAAAAGCCCCUUCAAUCAGCGCUGGCAGGGUUCGGAAAACUGUUUAUACUUGAACGUGUACACACCCCAAAUGCACCGGCCCGAUGCGCCCUUACCGGUCAUGGUGUUUAUACACGGUGGUGCGUUUAAGUAUGGAAGUGGAAACAGCGAUUGUUACUCGCCGGAGGAUCUGCUCGAGCAGAAUGUCGUCGUCGUAACGUUCAACUAUCGGUUAGGUCCGCUUGGAUUUCUUCACCUCCCAUCACAGGGAAUCGAAGGUAAUAUGGCACUGAAGGAUCAGCUGAUGGCACUGCGCUGGGUGGCAGAAAACAUCGCUCACUUCAACGGUGAUCCGAGCAACGUGACGCUGUUUGGAGAAAGUGCCGGUUCAAUAUCUGUAAAUCUUCAUCUGCUAUCGCCUCUAUCUACGCAAUACUUCCACAAGGCGAUUUGUCAAAGCAGUGUAGCAAUAGCGGAUUAUGCCGUGCCGAACGAUACACUGCGUAAUACACGACAUCUCGCUAAGCUAAUUAACCCAUCCGCCAGUACUGAUCCGGAGAUCCUCGAAACGUUACGUACCGCAUCGGCAAAACAGCUGGCGGAACUCUGUGACCGUACAGCGACGGAAGAGGAAAAGCGUGGAACUAUCUUGAUACCCUUCCGACCGGUAGUGGAUCGAGAUGGAACGGAUCCAAUAAUGCCUCUACACCCUAUCGCAGCGAUGCGUACCCCUGGACAUAUUCCCCCAAUUCCUCUACUGCUCGGAUAUAACGAUCGCGAAGGUGGUGGCCUGCUGAGGCACAUCACGAAAUAUCCUGAGCGUUACCGGAACGAUAUGGAGCGUAUUAUACCGCGUACGAUCAACGUCCGCCAUGGGACAACCGAGGCGAAGACACUAGCACGCAACAUUGAAACGUUUUACUACGGUUCGGCUGGUUACUCGCCACGAAAUGUCGAAGAAUGUGCCAAUCUGGUGUCAGAUGUUAGCUUCGCGGUCGGUAUGCGGAUCAUGGCAGAAAUGCACGCUCGUUAUCAGCACCGAUCGCCACUGUACUUCUACCGCUUCGAGUAUGAAGGUGAGCUGAACCUUUAUAAGAAGCUUCUACCAUUCCCCAUUGCCGGUGCAUUUCACGCCGAUGAGCUGGGUUAUCUGUUCCGGUAAGCACACCGUUGGCUUUUUAGUGCGGUACUUCCGCAAUCGAUCGAGGCACGCGUUCGGCGAUACAUGUGCCGCAUGUGGUCCAACUUUGCCUGGUACGGUAGUCCGACACCAUCGCACGAUCGGUCUCUUCCCUUUCGCUGGACACCUGUACCACAGGUGAUGGAAUCAGAUUUUACUGCACCUUUCCAUCUGCCUUACUUACGCAUCAGUGCCGAACCGCAGAUGGCGAUCGAUCCGGACAAGGAGAGGAUAGCGUUUUGGCAAAGUAUCUACGACGAGCACAACGGAGGGUUCUGGAAUCCUAAAUACUAA